CUUCCUUCUACAAAAAUUCCACUCUCCACAUUGGGAUACUCACCAAGAUGCCUGUCUUGCUCGAAGGGUAAGAGCGAGAGUGAGGGAAAGGGUGCGACGACAGAAGUGGCAGGCGGGUGUAUGGGAAGUACGGGGCUGAUCAUUCGGGAUGUAGAACCUGCCAUUGCAAGGCUGUAAAGUACACAGUAGAGUCCAACACUCCGGUACCAUUCCAAGUGAGCUCUGACUCCCGAUAAGCCCUGCUCAACGGAGGAACUCACCCUCAAAGCUCUGCCAAUGUUCUAUCUGCCGCAAAGUCGGCGGCUACAUGGGUAGCGUCAACAUCAUGGGGAAUACCAACACCCUCAAUAUCAUGCGUGGCAAAGACAAGAUCAAGGUCUACAUUGCGCCUGUCAAGCUUGACGAGAACGACAAGCCAGUCGAGAUGGGCAACUCCAAGAGGAGUUUCUGUACAGAGUGUAGUAGUAUGCUCUGGAACUAUCAUGAUGAGUGGCCCGACUGGAUUUACCCCUUUGCAUCUACUAUCGACAAGCCUGAUCCUCUUCCAGCUGUUCCCGACACAACCCACCUGAUUGCUAUCAAACGCGAGUGUUGCCCAUCACACGUACCUGCUCCUGAGGGCGCCAAGGUCUACGAAGGUUACGGACCCGGCAAGGGAAUUGAGGAGUGGCACAAGACAUAUAAAGCUUGGGUUGAGUGAGCGUUGAGUGAUCAUCGAGGUGAGAGAGUUGCGAGUCAAGCGUAGCGUAUCGCCUGUCAAAGACAUGAUUGCAGAUAUGAAUGAAUGGGUUGUAUCAUCUCUACUGUGUAUACUCUUGGCCUCAAUGCAUGCCUGACUGUCCA